AUGUCUUCGACAUUUGAAACGUCCACUGUCGCCUUUUACUACCCAGGUGCGCGAGAUCCAGGGCUGCGUCUCGUCGGCAAGCGGUACAUGUCUCCCAGAAAACCGGAAGCUGGCCUCUCUCUCGUCUUCACCCACUGCGCUGAUGAGGAGUUCUGGGAGCCAGCUUGGUCCUUCAACUGGCGGAACCAUGGAGAAUCAGCUGUUUUGAAUGAUACCAUACUGAAGGUACUACCCACAGGCCUUUCGGUGCAGGAGUGGGCGACUGCGUUGCAGGCAUUCCUCAAAUCGGACCACCUCUCAGGACAUGACGUUGUCGGUGUCGGUCACUCUUCCGGAGCUACCGCCCUCAUGAUGUCUACAACUUCCUCGAGUGACAUUCAGCCUCCAUACAAAAUCAUCAUCCUGGCUGAGCCUGCUCUAUUAACACGUCCUGUAUUUGACAGUCACCUUACGGAACUGCGCGCUGGACUCUCCAACACGCAGAAGAUGAUUGACGGGAGGAGAGACGCGUGGGACGACCGGAACGAAGCCAGAGGAUUCUUCAGAAAGCGAUUGCCGUGGAAGAUCUGGGAUCCGAGAAUCCUCGAGCUCUUCUUUGUUCAUGCCAUCUCGCGAUAG